CGGUUGACUCCAGCGCAAUCCCCGUAAACUUCCGCUGAGUUUUGUUGACAGUUACCUUGCACGCGAAAAACACUUCACUCGUACGGUGUUUACUAGUCACAAACUUCUCCAUUCAAUUUAUAAAAUGUCUAUAAGCGAGUUCCUUAAUCAUAUCCGAACUUGCUGCCGAUAUGCCCUCCCUGUUUCGAUAGUAGUAGUGCUUAGCUAGCACGCUAGCCGGCUGUUUAGCUAGCUAGCUAGCUAGCCGUAUUAGCUUGGGCCGAAUCCCGAAUUGCUCUGCGCUCCCUAUUGAAGUGCACUACAUAGAGUGCGAAAUACUUGGAUUUGCACGCGACGUUAGUACACUUCAUGCUUGACAGGGAGCGAAUUUGGGAUUUUGCCCAGCUGUUAGCCGAAGAGUAAGGAUAGGAAAGCAGCUGUGUGUAGAUUAUGAUUAUGAGCAGACGCGUUUGUUAUGCUUUUACUGGUUUUGAAUAACGUCUGCGCCAUGGACACUGAAGGGAUCGUGAUCCGGAUAAAGACGCCGCUUGGGGACAUGGACUCAUCGGUGGACUGUCCGUCACUUUUGAGCUUCAACGACUUACUGAUCGCAAUUAGAGACGUGAUGCCCGAAGCGACCAUUACAGCGUUUGAAUACGAGGAUGAAGUUGGUGACAGGAUCACUGUUCGGAGUGAUGAAGAACUAAAGGCCAUGCUGUCUUAUUACUGCAAUACAGUGAUGGAGCAGCGCAUGAAUGGACUCCUUCCAGAGCCACUUCAGAUCUUUCCCCGAGCCGGCAAGACUCCUGGGAACCGGAACAUCCACGGCCUCAAGGUGAACACGCGCCAUGGCUCAUCCAGCAGCCGAGGAGCCUCUCCUGCCGAGUCUCUGUCCAACAACAGUUUAAAGAAAUCGUCUGCAGAGCUGAAAAAGAUACUGACCAAUGGCCAGAUAAAUGAACAAGACAUCCAGUACCAGGAGCAGCUUGGCCAUGGAAAUGGGGGAACCGUAUACAAAGCAUACCAUGUUCUGGGGAAGAGGGUUUUAGCAGUGAAGGUCAUUCCUCUUGAUAUCACAGUGGAACUGCAGAAACAGAUCAUGUCUGAGCUGGAGAUCCUUUACAAGUGCGACUCUCCGUACAUCAUAAAGUUCUACAGCGCCUUCUUUGUGGAGAACCGAAUAUCAAUAUGCACUGAGUUUAUGGAUGGCGGGUCUCUGGAUGUUUACAGGAGGAUUCCAGAGCACGUGUUGGGCCGGAUUGCUGUGGCAGUGGUGAAGGGACUGACGUACUUGUGGAGCCUGAAGAUUUUGCAUAGAGAUGUGAAGCCUUCCAACAUGCUUGUGAACACAAGGGGCCAAGUAAAACUGUGUGACUUUGGAGUCAGCACACAACUCGUUAACUCCAUCGCCAAAACCUACGUCGGAACCAACGCAUACAUGGCGCCAGAGCGAAUAUCAGGGGAGCAAUAUGGCAUUCAUUCAGAUGUAUGGAGUUUAGGAAUCUCUUUCAUGGAGCUGGCUCUUGGACAUUUCCCAUAUCCCCAGAUUCAGAAAAACCAAGGUUCCUUAAUGCCUCUCCAGUUAUUGCAGUGCAUCGUUGAUGAGGAUCCUCCUAUGUUUCCAGUCGGUCAGUUCAGUGAGAAAUUUGCGCACUUCAUAACGCAGUGCAUGAAAAAACAGCCAAAAGAACGUCCUGCCCCCAAUAACCUCAUGGACCAUCCAUUUAUCACACAAUACGAUGACGGGAAUACGGAGGUAGUAUCCAUGUGGGUGUGUCAGAGCUUGGAGGACCGCAAAUCCCAGCAGGCUCAGGGGCUAAUGUAAGGAGCCAUGACACAACAAGGGAGCCACUUUUUUCCUUUUGGUCAAGUGCCACUGAGUGUACAGAGGUUUAAUGGCUGGACUUACUUGAAGGAGACCACCCAUAAACAGACUCCAGAGUGCUUACGGACCUUUUAUUAUUUUUUUUUUUAUUUUUUUUUUUUGAUGGAUCCAAUAACUCCAGAUCUUUAUUUUUGUUUCUCUUUGUUUUAUAUAUUUGUUUUUGAAUGCUUGUGCAAAUUGCAGUAUAAAUGUUUCAGGCUUCUGACUCUCAUCAUUUCCACAGCAGAUGGCCCAUGAAGCAAAUGCGUUUUAAUAGGGCUGUUCCAGGAUAAACUAGGACACCUCAUAAUGCAGAGUAAACGUUUUUUGCAUUUUCGGAAAGGCUUUGGGCUACUGAUCAAAAGGUCGUGAGGUAAAAUCCCAGCACCAUCACACGGCCACGGAUUGGGUCCUUGUGCAAGACCUUAACCGUUAUCUUCUCACUUGUGUCUUGUUUCAGUCGUACAUUGCUUUGGAUGAAAGCCGCAGCCAAAUGAGCAAGAGAGGGUGGAUUUUUUUUGCUGAACGGGCAAUCAGAUACGAUGCCCAUGAGAAAAAGAAAGGCCUCAGUCAUUAAGUGUAUUGCAUGUGGCACAUUGCUCUUAAAUUGCUUUGUGACACAUGGCCUGUUUAAUGUCAGGGUCACAUUGGUUUAAAUGUAGCCUUUGUUUGUUUUCACAAACACAUUUAUUCAAUAAUUUCAUUGGGUACAAAGAAAGGAACAUCCAGAUUGGUCAGAAAUCCUCAAAGAUUGCGUAAUUGUGCGUGGAAGUCUCAUGCAAUGCAUAAACCACAAUAACAGACCACUCGCGUUCUGAUCUGUGCCUUCAAUCAUAAUCUUUUCCCAGGUUAAUGAAGCUACAGUUAUUCCAGCCACUUGUUUUAACCUCCAGUGCACAUAAAGAUGGGUCUUAAAUCUAAUCUUUUAACUCGAAUGACCUCACUUAUCUAUUAGAUAUAUUUAAUUCAAAUCAGCAUCAUCCUCCCUCUCCACUACAGCAUGUAAUCAUUCCACAGCAGGGAGUAAAUAAUUUUUGCUCACUAUUCUAUUAACCACUGACAGCUGCCGACUAACAUGCCUCAUAUGUUACAGCUGCAUCAACCCACCACAUCUGCCUGCUACUACAAUACUCCAUGGGCCACUUAAAGACGGUUUAUGCCAUAAUGCACUUAUUGUACUGCUGUGUUUUUAUACAGCGUUACUUUAUAAAUGAAGCAGUGCUAGUAGGCACAUACUUUGCAUCCUGCACCACUUGGACCUGAAAGGAGUUGCAACAGUUAAUACCUGAUGAGAUUCCAGUGAAGAAAGGGAGCUGUAGAGCAUUUAUACCCAAAGUAAGUAUGAAACUUGAAGGGUUUUCUUGAGAUGUUACCAAAUUGUCAUCCAAAUAUCUUUUUGUUUAUGAUGUCUAUGUUCAGGGUUUGGUUUUAACUCCAGAUCAAAUGCACUGUUACGUUUCUUCUCUUUAUGUCUCUUAUUUUUCCUUUCUUAUUUUUUAAGAACUGUGUGGUUCACUGGUGGCACAUGAGUCUCAUUUCACAUUGCUGUGGAAGUUUGCACACCUUCGACAUUUCCUAAGUAAAUGAAACAUUCAGAAUGUUGUCUCUCUCUUGAUGCUCCUAUAAACACCUCACUUCAUUCUCUUAAUAUAAAGAACUGCACUUCAAGCCAUUAAAGGGCCAUUUUAAUGCGCGUAGUAGAAAAUGCUUUCUGUGAAGAAAUCCAAAAGUGUCCCUUAUGCUUUUUUAACUGCGUAUUUAUUCGUCUAAAUGCAUUUGUAGGUGCACAAACAACACAGGCCUGGUCAUUAUUGUGAAAAAUAAUGUGACAGUUCUUUUUCUCUAUUACCUGAAAUGUGUUGGUAUUACUUUAUUGUGGGGGGAAAAAAAAUAAUAUCAUUAGCAAUACUUUAAUCUUAAUAUAAGAUAAGAUUAAAUUGAACUUUUUAUAUUGUUUAGAGCAUCUUUUUUUUUUUUUUUUUUUUUUGUAUGUUGAAUAUCUAAAUUCAUAAGUUUAGAUGUUUAAGAAAGUGAAAAAUGUUUCAGGAUCUUUUGAAGCCAGUUUGUCAGGACUGUCACACGUGUGAAUAUGUUGAAUUUAUGCUUGGUAUACACCGAUCAGGUAUAACAUUAUGACCACCUGCCUAAUAUUGUGUUUGUCCGCUUUUUGCUUUUUCCAAAACAGCCCUGACCCGUCAUGCACUGUGUAUUCUGACACCUGUCUAUCAGAACCAGCAUUAACUUCUUCAUAAAUUUGAGCAACAGUAGCUCGUCUGUUGGAUUGGAUCACACAGGCCAGCUUUCACUCCCCUCGUGCAUCAGUGAGGCUUGGCCACGCAUGACCCUGUCGCCGGUUCACCACUGUUCCUUCCUUGGAUUACUUUUGAUAGAUACUGACCACUGCAGACCAGGAACACCCCACAAGAGCUGCAGUUUUGGAGAUGCUCUGAUCCAGUUGUCUAGACAUCACAAUUUGGCCCUUCAUCAAAUUCGCUCAAAUCCUUACACUUGCCCAUUUUUUCUGCUUCUAACACAUCAACUUUGAGGACAAAAUGUUCACUCGCUGCUUAAUAUAUCCCACCCACUAAUCAGUGUUCUUCACUUCCUCUGGCACUGCUCAUAAUGUUAUGCCUGAUCGGUGUACAUUCCCAUAAUUGAAUGUCUUUUCUCUUUUCAUGCUUACCAAAUGUUAUAAAAUGUGUAUUGUUCAGGA